CGCAAGUAAGCCAGUAGUGAAAGAUGGAAGUGGAGGUGAACAGUGUUUGAAUGUUGUACGGACUAAAUUUUACAUAUUUUUAUAAUAAUUGAAUGGAAAAAGCCAAGCAAACAUGACAGAGCCGAAGAAGGUGGCACUAACUACCCUUGGCCCUGCGAAAAAAGAAAAGAAACGCGACAGGAGGUUGAAAUCAGUGCGCCUAAAUCUGACAUUGGCUGAGUCCAAUGAAAAGUUCUGUCCCGAGUUCAACUAUCGAGAAUUGGUCUCUCUAAAACUGCACGAAAGGUUAGGGAAAAAAAGAUUAGGUGAUGUCAUCAAUGGCCCAGCGUUAGAUCCUACCGACCCUUUUGCUGGAGACGAAGAUGCUGCCUUGAAAGCUUUGGCCAAGCAGAUGGAAAGCAAAUAUGCAUCAUAUGGACCAACAAAGAAGAAGAAGAGGAGAAAAGAAAAUGAUUUUAGUACCCUUGGGGAAGGUUAUGAUGAAACAGAUCCAUUUAUUGAUAACUCUGAUGCUUUUGAUGAGGUGGUGCCAACUCACAUGGAAACAAAGCACAGGGGGUUUUAUGUUAACUCUGGUGAAUUGGACUUUGAAGAAGUAGCACAUGAGUCUGUGGAGGAAGAAGAUUCUGUCCUGCUAAGUGAUAUAGAAGUUGGAAGAAAAAAGAUUGUGAAGAGAAUUGAAUCGGAUGCAGAAGAAGAGGGUGAAGAGGAGGAAGACAGCAACAAAGGCGAUACUGUGUAUGAAAAUGGAAUUAUCCGUCCGAAGAAGAGGAAGUUAGAUGAAGGGGAAUUAUUGAGGAAGAGAAAGAAGAUGAUUGGUAAAUUUAAUGCCAAAAAUCUAGAAAAGAAAGACUCCGAUCCAGAAAUGGAUAAAGUGGUGAAUGGUUGUGAUAAUAAAGGUGAUAUUGCACUUAAUGACCAGAGUAUAGCUGCCAGCAUAGAAGCUGUGAUCAGCAAAGCCAGGGAAGAGGCUGUAGACAAAAGAAGUGACACCCAAGAGUCGGCAUCAGGAUCAGAUUCAAGUUCCUCUGAUAGUGAUUCUUCAGGAAGUUCUUCGUCCAGUGAUAGUGAUUCGGACGAUGAUGAUGACAAUGAUGAGAAAGACGAUGAUAAUGAAGGUGAAGGUGAAGAAGAAGCAGAAGGGCAAGACAUUGAAAACGGUCAACAUGAUGCUGACAGCGAUGAUAUACCCCUUCCUAAUAAUCUUCCUCCAGACUUAAUACAGCUCCUUAAUAAACUAAAAGAAGAAGGCCAUGCGUGUAAAGGAUCAAGCCAAAAGUUUUUUACAGAUGCUGUUAAUAAAUUAUUACUAAGUAUCGUCAUUAAGUUGAAUAAAUUGGGUGUAAGAAAGAAAACACAGAUAUACAAUCAUCUCUCACAACAUUUGCCUUGCGGUACCCAGACAAUUGUUAAACGAGCAAAAAAUCUCCUCACUGAGAAACAGGAAAUUAGAAUACGGGAACCCCUCUAUAGAUUAAAGCUAGCUAUAAAUUCAGUGAUGCCUUCAUUGAUAGAACAGCAUGCCCUUGAAUGUCAGAAGGCUGUUGAAUCUAAGGGUGAAAAUGGAGGUGCUCCUGUGGAAGAUGAAGAAGAAGAUGGUGAUAAGAAGAAAUGUAAACUUCCUAAGAAGAAAUUUGUUUUCAAUGAUGAAAUCAGGAGUUGCUUGUGUAAUGUUUCAGAAGUUCGGGUUCAGUUUUGGCACUUGAUCAGGAAGCGAUGUGAAUCUCCCGAGGAACACAUACGAAUGUUCCUUGAUAGUGAAGUACGACCCUUGUGGCCCAAAGGCUGGAUGAAUUCCAGGAUACUUUACAAAGAAAGCUACUCAGAACAUGCUGUACUUACGGAUGGAGGUCGUCCAAGAACACCCAUGAAGAAAGGGCUGUCAGAUGGUAUUUUAUCUUCUCUCACAAGUAGUGUGAGUACACAGCCCCCAAAGCCUUCUCUCUCAGCAACAGUUAUUCCAAAGAACCACUCUCCCUCAGUGUCUAGUUCACCAAAGUCAGAGGUACUGAAAAAGAAAAACAUGGCUAGUGAGCAGAAAACAAAUAGCAGAGUGCCUGGGGAAGGUUCAUUGCCUCCUCCCCCAGUACCUGCGAGUGGUGGCCUUAGUAUUAAGUCAGUGGAAAAAAUUAAUGAGGGCGCCAGUAGGAUUAUACAAAGUACAGGUAAUAAUUUCACUGCAGAGCCCAGUGUUAGUAAGGAGAGAAUAAAACCUGAAACAACUAUAAUUCCUAGUGUUGAAGAAAGUGCUUCAAAAGUUAGUCUUGAAGAAAAAUUGACUUCUAGAAAAGGUGAUGUAAGUGUUAUAGAUUUAUCAAGUGAUGAUGAUAAGACAGAUGUGAAAGUAAAACUUAACCAAGUUUUAUCAUCAAAAUCCAGUGAUCUCGGAAAUGAGAAAAAAGACGAGGAAAAGGAAAGUGUUGCAGUUUCCAAUACUACACUUAUAACCAAGUUUGAGGAGGUUGAAGUGAAGAAUGAAGACAACUUGGAGGAGGAAAUGAAUCUGGUUAUGAAUGAACUGCUGCAGAUUUCAAAACAAAAGUCUGUUGAUGGAAAUCCUGAUAAACUAACUUCUCCAAAAGACAAUGUCCCUUCAUCAACUGUUAUCACAAUGGCUUCAAAGGAUCCAAAUGACGUUAAAUUGCAAGUACAAAGUCAAAUGCAACAGCAAGUCUCACAAUCAAGUGCUCCUUCUAUUCAAACAGAUAAAUACUCUCAAAAAUCAAGUACAUCUGCUGUCCAUUCAGACAAGUAUUCUCAUAAAGCAAGUGCAUCUUCAGUACAAGCAGAUAAAUAUUCUCAAAAACAUCAUUCAACAUCACCAACAUACUCUUCUCAGACCUCCCCAGGGAGGAACCAAAGACCAGGUCAUCAUACUUCACCAGUCCAAGAACAGAAAACAAAUCACCCUCAUGUUGAUCAUAAACAGCAUCAUGCAUCCCCGGUAGAUCCUCUCAAGCAGCAGUCUCAACCCAGUCCGUCAUCAGCUCACCAUAAAUCACACUCAAGUGUCCAGCUGAAUUCCUCCAUUCAGUCUCACUCGUCAUCUCAUUUGCCAAAGGAUGUACAUCAGCCCAAAUCUAUGCAACAGUCACAGUCUCACCAUCAUUCCUCUGUUAGUCUGCAAAAGCCAAGUUCUCAACAGUCAUUAGGUUUACCAUAUUCCUCACAGUCACAACCUAUGAAGACUGUUUCUGACUCUUCUCAUAAGAAGCUAAGUUCCCAGCAGUUCUCACAAUCUCUCCACUCGCAGUCAGUUUCACAAAAGUCCAUCAAUGUGUCUGUGUCAUCAUGGACUAAACCAGAAGCCUCUUUGAGCACUAAACAUUCUCCAGAAAGUACAAAAAAGACUCACACUUCGUGGGCAUCAAGCAGCGAUGUGUCUGUGUCACGCCAAAAGCAACAAGACGAUAUUCAAGUUGUUUCUCCAGUGGAUCCCCUGGCCAACCUGAGGAUGAUGCAUGGGCUGAGUGUUAGCAAUGUAAACAAAAAAAACUCAGGAUCUUCAUCUGUGUAUCAUAGCCCUGUUUUGGCCACUUCAGCUACAACUUACAACCCAACUAGUUCUGUGAAUGUUAGUGGGAGCAACAGCAGUAAAAUUAACAGUGCGAGUAAUUCUUUGACCCAGUCCAUCUCCUCAAGCAGUCCACAGAGUCAAACUAAAGCUUCGAGCUACUCUUCCUCGCAAGUCAAGCAUUCGUCUUCAUCAGUGUCUCAUUCAUCCAGUAAAAGUUCGAAGCAUUCAUCUAAUUCUAAAGCAAGGUUAGAUCAGUAUUCAGGAGGAGUUGCCCCAUCAGUGUACAGCUCAUUAACGUCGAGUGUAUACAAUCAACAGUUGCAGCAGAAACAGACCAACCACUUAACAGCACAACAGCAGCAACAGCAGGAACUUUGGCAACAGAUAAAUGCUUCCAAUUACUUAUCUGGAAUGGCACCGCUGCAGGGGCAGUUAUCCAGUGAAAUGAUGAAGUUGGUAUCCCAAGUUGGCAAAUCAGUGGAUAGCUUUUCCCAGUCAGGACCAUACCCAAACCCAGGCACCCCUACCUCAAUUUCUUCCCACCUGUCUCCCUAUGGAGAUGUGUCAAGGGGAAACCAACACUCGCAUCACAUGUCACCCCACCACCUCCACCCCACACACGGAGGAUCUGAGCAACAUCGUGGACAGUACUGAUUGACUCUGAUUUGAAGGAAGCACAACCUCGCAUAAGGACAAGUUCAUUGUUACCUGUUAAAAUAAUUAUCAGUAUACUUAACAGUAUGCUUUACUACUAUUAAAAAAAACAGUAUUGCUGGAUAACAGAGUGUUAAAAAGCAUAUCUAAUAUUUAGCUACAGAAUUGGAUUCCUGUGAUCAAAAGGAUUUGUAAGUAGACCGUUUCAUCUCAGGGUUUUGCAGUACAGUUCAACUUCAAGAUUAAAAGUGUUGGCGAGAGCAGAAAUUUCCUAUGAACGUGAGCUAUUUUGAAAAGAGAUCAUUUUAAAAAGUGACCGAAACCUCUGCAAUGGCUGGCCAUUACUUUUUUAAAGGGACUUUUUCAACUCAAUUUUUUUUCUAUUAUUAUUAUUAUUAAUAUUAUUAUUAUAUCGUAUAUGUUGAAGUUUGUAAAGUAGUCAUCUCCAAUAACAGUGACAGAGGGGAAUUUUAAAGUGUAGUUAGUCUUAGUGAAGUUCAUCAUUUAGAAUUUUCUCUUUUCAUAUUUGUGUAUUUAAAAGAUAAAUGAACACGUUUUAAAUUUAUGUAAUGAAAUUUGAUAGUGAUUGUCCUACCUUAAGGUUGCGAUAGUGUCUUAUGAGAUAUUCAGAUAUUGUACACUUUUGAGGAUAUUUCUAGUCUGCCAGUCAGUAUGCACACUGCCAUUACUUUUUAAAUUUUGCAUUUUUCUUCAUAACUUGAUUGUGGUGAUAACUUUGGACUUGAUCAUGUAAGGAGAGAAUGGAAAUGGAUUGCAGUCUUCUUAAGGCUUGUAUCUUAGGUCACCUUCCAAUUACUUAGGCCUGUUUUCAUGGUGUAAGGCUGUUUAUUCGUGGUUUGCUUGUUAUAUUGCUGCCUUUUAUCAGCCAGGUUCCUCAAACCUCAGCCCUUGGGUAUGCCCAUAGUAGAUGUAUAAUUUGUUUUCAAGGAGUCAUGUUUGCACAUGUACUGUGUACCUCAGCACUGUUAUGAGUUCAUGAGCUACUAGGGUGAAGAUGGAUGUCAUUGGAACAUGAGUUUAUGAGUCAACUUUUAUUAUAGACAAUUAGGGAUGUGUAGAUGGUCAGAACUUGUAGUGCAACUUUUUUAAAUCUAAACUUUUCUUGCUAUUCAUUAGUUCUUUCUUUGUCAUAAAGGUGAUAAGAUGUGCAUUAUUGCAAUUCAUCAACUCCUCAAGCUCACAAGCUUUUACCACUAACUUCAUUUCCAUGAGAGAAGUUAGUGUUUCAACUUUAUGCGCGAUAUUAAAUUUUCAUGAUUUCUUAAUUCAAAACUACAUUUGGUCAUGAUGUAUAAAGUUCAAGAUCAGUAUUUUCUGUGUAAUGUCAUCCAUGUUGACUUUACUUGUUUUGCAUACAGUCGUCAGACAAAUAGACAAUCCCAAAAUUAGAUGGCCCCCUCUUUUGUUUAUAUUGAGCAUAACUUAAAGUUUCAAAUAUUUUGAUUCAGACUUAACUUAUUCUUUUUUCUCUCUCCCAGUGUGUUAUACAGUAAAUUAGAGAGUAUUUAUGUCAUCAUCUGUUGUCAUUUGAAAUUUUCAUUGAUAAGAGGUACUCAAAUUUGCUGGCUUCUGGGUCAAGUACUUUUUGUGCUAAGCAAAUGGCAGUUAUUUUUUGGGCUGUAAAUCUCCUAAUUUUAUUGUUGCAAAAGUAUUUCAUAGAAUGUUUGUUGCAUUAACACUACAAAUCAUGAUGUAAUGCAAUUAUAUAUUGCAAGACGAAAGUUUGUCAUCCUUCGUAAUGGUCCUUGAGUCGAGAAUAGAAAUAACAUUGCCGUUAGAUACUCUCAAGUAAUUUUACAGAUUGCGAUUUUUACAAGAGGUUCACCAGUAUGAAUAAUAAACAUCUGACUUAAUCUUUCAAGUUUUCCAGGGCAAUGGAUUUAAUAAAAGAAUGUGCAGUUUACAGAUGCCAUCUAAAUUUUUUUUAUAUACAGUUGAUCAUUGUUAAGUAAUGUAUUUGCAAUUUUUUUAUUGGAAUGUUUAGCAUGAGUGUUUGUUGUUUCAGUAAUCAGCAAAAUAUCAAGAACGAAUACACUGCAGUAGGAAACCUCGUAUCCAGAACCUAAUGCUAUAAAAUUGUCUAAUCUAUAUGUUGUGCACAUUAACAUAAGAUGCCACCAAGGUUAGAAGAAACCAUGAAUUCUUAUAAGAUACUGAAAGUAGCAUAUAAUACUAGAAAAAUUUAAAUUGUCAAGAAAAACCCAUGCAUUAUUCAUUCAGAAAAGGAGGAAGGUAAAUUUAAUUUAAACACUGAUUUCUGAUAAAUUACUAUUAUGCUAGGCUAGUUUAACAUUUUAAUCUAAUUUAUGUUUAUGGAAAAACAACAAAUUCAUACCAGCCAGCAUUUAAAAGUACAGUAUAUAUUAAUUAUACAAGAGGCAUUUUUAUUUAUUUAUUUUAUUAAUAUUUUUUUUUUGCAUUAACAUUUUUAAUGCAUAUAUAAAAUUAUUUAUGCUGUCAGAUGUAGGUCAGAUUUAAUUACGUUCUUGUAAGAAAAACAAAAUCUGUGAUGUGUAUUGUAUUAUUUGUGUAUACAUAUUUGAAAUUCAUUUUAAAUGUUUUGUGAUUCUGGACAACAGUAACAGAGCAAUGUGGGUGAAAUAUUCUUUUUGAAGCAGGAGAAAAUAGUGUUUCUUAUGAAAUGCACACCUAACACUUCACAAAGAAAUGGCCAAACAUUAUUUUGAUAGACCUAAAUUGUUUUAAUAAUGUGGUAAUAUAUUAAAGUAACAUGUUUGUAUUUCAGAUCCAAUUAAGUUAUAUUUCUGUCAUUCCUAAAUGCUAGGCAGAUCAAAUACAUAUUACAUACUAUUCUUUGAAUAGUAAUAUGUAUUUGAUUUUGUAGUGAACUGCUUUUUAUUUGAUAAGGGGUUUGGUUUUGUUCUUAAAUGAAGAACAGAACUGGCUUGUUGCUAAUUUUUGUUUUACAUAGUUGGCAUAGCGUAUGACUGAAGUGAAAUUAUUUUUUCAGUCGACUCACAAGUGUAGAGAAGCUGGUUCACAGCAAAAGUAAUUCCUUACAAAAUUGUGUAGAAAAUUCAGGAAGCACUAUAAAGCUAAAACAGUUAGUAAAUAAAUGACAGUUUUUAAAAAGACCUAUCAAGCUUUUCAUGUCAAACUGGACACUGAAUUAGAUGAUGAAAAUAACAUUGCUUAACUUCUUUACAGAUCAAUUUGUGUAUAAAAACCUCUUUAAUUGAUUUGAUUAAUAUUGAUUGCUUUGUUUAUUCCCAUUAUUGCUGACGGGGAAAUACUGGCAUAAUUUUAAACUUAUUUUCGGUUUUUUUAUCAGUUAUCUAAGAAUAUUAGAAUCUGGAUACGAGGCUGUAUUGUAUAUGUAUUAACAAACAUUUAAACAGCUCCAUCUUAUUGAAGGAAGUGUAAAUUUACUAGUAUAUAAAACAUUCUCUGCAGUAGCCAUUUCUCAUGAUUUUAUUAUAGCUAUUAAAAAGAUGCAUCUAGAUAUUGAGAGUAUAUUUCAAGUAAGAGUUAGCUCAAGAUUUUGGUAGAAUAAUUUUCUUAAUUAGUAGUAAGUACUUGAUAUGAAGUCACUCAUUUUGUGUGUGUGUAUUUUCAGUACUUCUCCCAGCUUGCUUAAAGGGAAAGAAAGAACUAAUGUAGAAGUUGCUGAGGAAUUGCAUUGAUUUCUUAAAAUAGAACUGUGAAACCAGAUGACUAUAUUUAUUUUUUGUUGAACAUGUUUUUGCUCUAUGGUCCUCAUGUGUUUGUUGAUUGUUAUUUUGCAUUUUAUUUUAUAAAUAUGGAUAUUUUGGUCUUAUAGAAUUAGUAGAUGUAUAAGAUGUCUUCUAUAUAUAUUUAAGGAAGUGUUUUGAUAGAGAUGAAGCAUUCAUGUGAUUAGCUCUAUUUAGAAGACUUGCUUCUGAUUGAUGAUUUUACCUUGGAAAAUUAUUUUUAAUCCUUUAUGAACCACAUUUUUUCCAAGAUUGAACUGUCAGGUUGGGAAGAACUCCCCAGUAUGCUGUAACCAGGUGUAACAACGAGGUUGGGAAGUAUUCCCCAGUAUGCUUAAAACAGCUGUAACAUCGUAUGUGGUGGUCAUUGCGGGAAAUAUUCAGUAAUAUUUUAUGGAAUGGCAUAUGAUAUUUAUAUUAUUUAUAUAUAUUUAUAAAGAUUAUGUAUUUAAACACACCAUCCUUAUAUAAGUUCUGUAACAGUCAUUGAAAUAACACCUGUAGGUCAAGUCCUUGUAUGUUUUAGAAGCCUAUGUUUUCCUCCUCAGAGCUAAGGCUGCCAAGAAUUUCCUUGGGUAGUUGUCAGGAUUCAAUUUUUAUUUGACAGAGGCAGGUUUUAGAUUCUAGAUUUUUUUUUCUUAUAUUCAGAGGCAACUUCUUUCCUUGAUACCAAUUUCUCUUGUAUGCUGUUAAAUAUUGUUAUUGCAACGUGUUUUGGUUUAUAUUUUGUUUACUUAGGAAUAACAUCCACCAGCGGUACAUAAAAGGGUACGUAUUUAUAUCACAUCUUGGAAGUAACAUUUCAUUAUAAUUAAUUAUGUUAGUAGGGUAAUUGUUAUGGUAACAAAAGUCCCAGAGUCUUUUUUAAAUUGCAAACAGUAAGUUAGUUUUCAAGUGGAAAGCUAAUUUUUCCCUUAAAUCAUGUGAUAUUUAUUUGAUAAAUUUUGUAAAUACAAACAUAGGCUAAACUCUAUGCUAAAUUAAAGCAACAUGAACUCAUACAGUUUCAAUUUUUUCCUUGAUUAAAAGGUAAUAAGACAAAUCCUUUGGGUAAUCCCGUGAGAUCUACAUAAAUUAGCUCUUUGGUCUGGUUAAACUAAUAGCAACAACGCAUUUGCUACGUUGUAUAAGACAUAGGUAACAUGUAUUUGUCUGCUUCAGGAUGUUUGACAGCUUGGAUGAACUUUACCAUGAACGUACCUGCUUUGGUGUACCCCUCUGUUUGGGUAAUGAUCUGCAUGUACACUAAUGAACUCAUUUGCCGUGGUACCCCCAUUGUCUCCUUGAUCACAGAUCCUCCUUUGCAAAAUAUACAUAUUAUGCUGCCAAAAGGCCCAGCUCCCACUGUACCUGUGAGGCCUCCAUGGCCAAAGAGUUUCUUUUGAAACCCCCUGUCCAGAGGUUUGAAUCAAUGGGAAAUGAGGAUACCGAUAAAGCAGCCAAAGCUGUAAAUUAUUAUGAUCAGCUCAAACAGUCAUCCCUCCUAGUGAUUAUUUAUUACCCCUAAAACCAAUCGUGGUUAAUAAUUGGCAGAGCUAAUGGAAUGAUGAAUCUUGCAGCAACAAAUUAAUGGAGCUAAAACUCAUUGUUGAAUUAUGGUAUUGUGUGUACCAAGAAGCAAAAUCACACUGAAAUAAUUCUCUCUAGUUAUUAUUGAGUUGCUUACACUCGUUUGAUCCAUGGAUUAUUACUGAAAAAAUAGCCCAUUUAAUCAGAUCACUGUAUGAAGAGAAUGCAGACCAGCACUUACCAAUUUUGCUCCUUUUGUGAAUGUCAUAGCUUCAGCUAACAGAAAAUGUCAAAUUUUGGAAAUAUGGAAACUGCCAGAAUCAUCCCUUUCAAAUUGUCCAGUAAUCAAAGACUUAAAGAAAUACACUUUAAUAGACUUGAAUGUUGCAGUUAAUGAUAAAACCUCUUUGGCUGACCCUAUGAGAGUUUAAUGUUUUAACUCAGUGAUCUGGAUAAACUACUUAAUAAUAGUGAAUCCCUGCACUAUUUGAUAUGGAGGUUGGCACUAAGGGGUAACUCCUUGCCUUCCAUAUUAGUGGAGCAUUAGCUGGGUAUGAUGCUGCUUUUUGCUUUGCUUGGUCUCUGUGACUGGCUGUGUUUGCACAGUCUAAGACUAUUUUAUAAUUUAUAUCUUUGCUUGUUGUAUUAGAGGAAUGUUGUGGUUUGGGUAAACUUAUUAUUGGUAAUGAAAUGCCUGUUGCAAACCUCCAAGUCUUAAAGCUAGAAAAUGAUUUGGACUAAAGGUCAAAAGUAUUGAUAACAAGCUCCGAGUUGCAGGUAUGUUCCCAAUGAGUUAUUUUAUCAUUUAAGUACAGGGUAGAUAUUUUAUUUGAACUUUUAUGAGGUUGAUUUUUUUGUACAAAAAUUUUUUAGUUAAUGCUGUUAUUUUACCCAUUCCUUUACACUUAAAUUUGGAAAGUGAAAUUCACUUGCCUUGGAAAUGCACUGAAGAUUGUUAUUAGUAUAAGCUAAAAAAGUAUUUACAAAAUUUAUUUUAAAAGAAUGUCACAUGAUUUUUUGGUUGUGGGAGUUGUCUGUCCUCUGACUUUGGAAGAAGUAAAAUUUAAUGGAAAGUAAGUGGAUGAGGGUGGUGGACAUAAAAUUUUGUAAGCGUUUCUUAAAACCUCAAAAGUAUGGUUUUGCAAGUACUUAGAGUACUUCAAAUGUAACAAUUGUGUUGCAAGUCAUCAUAAGACAGAUGAACCAAGUGUGGAUAUUUAUGAGCACAAAUAGCAUUUAAACUUAAUCUUUUUUUUCUAUUUAUGUUUAUCAUUUUGUUAUACAGUAGCUUAAUCUUUUUUCUAUUUAUGUUUAUCGUUUUGUUAUACAGUAGCUUAUUUACUUUAUGUAAAAAAUAUAAUGCAUCCCAUGGGUAGGAAGAUUAGGGAUAUUAUUUACAUAACAUCUUUACAAAGAGUUGAGCUAUACUUAAAGAUGAACACAUAACAAUGGAAUUCAAGCAAGAAAUUGAUCCUAAAUUAUAAUCCAGCUCUAGUUGUUAAGAGCUAGGAAGUAUUUUAAGUCAUAUUGACUUGAAGGGAAUGUAUUAUGCAUUGCUUUAUAAUGCUAUAAUGAGCAUUUCUUAACUUUUCUGUAGUCUUAAUCUUUAAAAAAUUAAGUCAUACUACGUAUGACUUAUAGAAUCAUUUAAAUAUGAUAUGAUGUUUUGCAGCAUGUGAAAAAAAGAUUUUGUCUUAACUAAUUUUUUGUUGGAUUAUAUCAUCACACAAAAUUCACAGUGAAUGGGUACAUAUUUGAGAAGAGAGUAAGUGUUCAAUUAAGAAAUUAGAGGCCAAAAUAUUGCAUAGUAGAAGGCAUAUCAUAAGUCACCUGUACAAUUAAGAAAAACUCCUUAUCCAUUAUCAUAUACAUAAGUUUCAUAAUUUGUUUCAUUCUUCAUUUUAUUUGAUGAUUGAUUGAAUGAUGCAUUUGGGGGUGGGGGUCAUUGGUUAUCACUUCCCUUAAUGCUUAGAAAAUUUGUUUUUCCAAGGAUGAGUAAGUUCAUUAAAGUGCACAUAUGCCAUCCUCAAUUUUGUAGUGUCAUUCUUUACAUAGAAGGAAACAUAUGAAGGAUACUUUCAGCUGAGUGAUGAUUAGUUAUUUUUUUUAUUUGUAGUAAUGACCCUUUAAAUCUUUUAGUAAAGGGUGAUGUUCUUCAUUAAUUGCACCUUUUUUGUUUUUUUUGUCAUAUUCAAUGAAAUCUUUCAGCUUAGUCUCAAGUCAGAAUUAAACUUUACAUGAACUGGAACAUUUCACAAUGAAUAACAAGUAUCAGGGAUAAAACUCUCUUUAGAAGUUUCCAAACCUUAAACAUUUUCAGCUUGUCCAGUUAUAAAGUUCUAAUAUUCAAUAUAGCUUUAAUACAUCAUGGUCAUAAUCUUGACCCUUUUAUAAGAACUUAACCUUCAGGUUAGCCUCAUGAGAAAAAAAAAUUUAGUUCUGAAUUUAUUUCAGAAUUAAUGGUGAGGCAUUAAUUUUUUCAGCCUACUCCUUCAAGUGUCAAAACUUUUCAUUGAGCUGUGUGGCCUAACUUUGAUAUCAGUAAUUAUCCUUGAGUUGAUAAUUAUUUGAUAAUUUUCAGUACAGAGGAAAUAAUGUAAAUAAAUGUACUUUUGUCUGGGAGUUGUACUAUUUAUUGUAAUGUUAGCUCUGCUGUUUUUCUUUUUAUAAUUUUACUUUUUUUCAAGUUAAUUUCUACCAAAAUGAAAUGUUUGUAUCAGUACUAUUUGAAUACUUGAAGAAUUCCUAUUUAAAAAUUAAAUACAAAAAAUGUAGUAUUAAAAACAAAUUCUUCAGGCCAGUGCUGUGAGAGUAUUAUUAACUCAACAUUAAGGUUUGGUUUAAAGAUGUAAUUAGCAUAAUAAGUAAUAAGCAUAAUAAUGAACAGCAGAAAUGGGCUAUUAGUCAUAUCAAAAUGCAAAAAUGAAAACUUGAUAGUUGGUAAAUUUUCUAAUGUGUCAGACCUGGAAUAGAAUGUUUGCAAACUACAGUAUUUGGAGGGCACCCUUGUAGAUCAGAUUUAUUUAACGCAUGAGAUAGAAAUGUUAUAAUACAGUACAUGCUUAUGUUAAAAUUUUAUACAUUGGAUAAGCACUUAACGGUAGAUUUAUGAUUUUAUUUGCACACUGUACGCUAAGAUGGAAGAGAUCAUUUCAACAUUCCCAGUUUUUUGUUUACUGGGUUACUGUUUAAGAAUAGCUUAUCUCACCUUCUGACUGAUAGAACAGUGGUUAGCACUGACAUAGAACAGUGGUUAGCAUUAUUUAAGAAAAUAUUUCACUCGCCCAAUAAACAUAUCAAGUAGCUGAACAGAAAUUUAGUGUCAUACUUGAGGAGCUUUACUCUUGUUGAACAAACUGAAACUGAUGCAGAUUAGCUGCUUUUGAGUGAAUAGGUUAAAAGAUGUAAAAUUAUGAGGAGUAUUGGCAAGUUGUAAUUAGAUGUGUGAUAGAAAUAUGAAUUUGGUAAUGGAAUUGGAACAGUUUCUGAUUUUGAAAUGACACAGUUGCCUUUAAGAGAAAUCUCAUGCAGUAAUUCACCUUUCUUAGAAAGUGGUAUGAAAUGCCUUGUACUAUAGUAAUAUGCCUCCUCAUAUAUAAAAAAUUUUGUAUGCAUAAACCAAGGAUUGUCUUGUACAGUUUUGUUUUUAGCAUAUUAGCAAAAAAAAAGAAUGCUCCAUCUCUGUAAAAGUUUGAGUGUCCUCUAAGUGGAUAUUCCCUGUUGCUUUUAUUUGCUCUCUCUGCCUUGAGCACCAUAAUCCUCAUUUCUUGAAGCACUAUAUUUCAGUACACUGAUAUUGGAUCUGUCUCAGUUUUAUUGCCUGAGUGUUCCUUUUGUCAAAUGGAAUAUCUUCGGUUCCCCUGGAAUGAAAUUUGUUUUCAAUUUCAUUGAAGUUUUGAAUAUGAUUUUGACAAUUUUGUUUAUAUUUCAGUUGAAUUCAAGAGUACCUGACCUCUUUUUAUGUAUGGAUGAUUGUAUUCAUUGCAUGUUUUGAACAUACAUUAUAAUAUUCUCUUUUCCUUUUCAUUCCACUGUGACAGUAAAAAAUAUUUUCCACCCAUAAUCUGUGUCCAUGGCUUCAUAUUAGUAUUGUAGACAAAUUUCAGUUUUUCACAUGCCUAUCAUUUUCAUAUGAAAGCCUCAACAUGCACAUUCAGUUUGUGAUAUGAAGUUUAUUCAUCAUAAUAUCACUUAAUUCACAUUUUCAUUUGUGAAUAUGUGUUCAGUGUGAAACUUUUCCUAUUCUUAGUCUUGCUUUCUAGUGAAUAGCUAUCUAUUAAUUGUGUAUAUAUUGUAAAUAAAUGUACUAAUUGGUAAUUCAUAUUAACUUUUGCAACAAAUAUGAUUUACUAUAGCAUGAUGUUACUAUUGCAGAAGAAAUGAGAGACUGGAUGUGCCAAAAUGUGUGCAACUUGCAUAAUUAUUGAACAUUUGCAUUUCAAAGAAUGUGACUGGCAACAUUAUAAUUUUUGCAUGUUUCAAGGGCUGAUGGACCAGUGAAUUAUCUGAAAUUACUGUGAAGUGCAAUUCAUAUAUUUGCAUACUAUCAAGAGUAUAAGUAUAUAUGUAAAUGCUUGCUUAAUUUCUUUUGCAGCAAAAUAUCCUGGAAACAAAACUAUACUUUGUUAAUGGAUUUUGUAAAAUUUUAAAACUACAUUUUUUAUUGAGCCUAAUAUGUACUAUUACAGUUAACACAAAAAUAUUGAUACUAUGCAAAAAAAUUUUUAAUUUGAAAUAAAAAAUCUAGUGUACGAGUUGGAAAUAUGUGAACGCAAGAGUAUUAAAGUUGCUUUUGUGUUUGAAAUAAAGUGAAAACCUAAGUAUUAAGAAUACAGCACACGGCUGAAGUUAAGAUAUUUAGCUGCCAAAUAGAGGUAUCAGAAAUUUUGUACAUACUUUUUCAUUUCACUGGAAUACCAAUAUACUUGAUAUUGAAGACAAACUAUCACUGCCAUUCUUGUUUUUGAUAUCUGUUGUUGCUCACAUGUUCUGUAUGCAUAGCUUUAACAUGUUAAUUUUCAGCUCCCACUUCCCAUCAUCUGUAACAUUGUCUAAUGUUGUUUCUACAACAGGGAAAGCAGGAGUUUUGGGCAAUUUUAUCAAUUCAUCAUAAUUCAGGAGAAUUGCACUCAUGGUUUUUCAAACUGUGGAUGGUGUUAUGUGCAAUGAGGCAAUAGCUGCCAUAUCUGCCAUUUAUGAGGCAGUUUUUUUUAAUACAGUACUGAACAAUAUCAUAUACUAUUUAGAAUUAUGGGAGUCUGAGUUUUUCAACUAGGCAAAAUUAUAUGCAAAGUACAGUGUAAUUAUAUAUUUUUAUUACUAGAAAAGCUGAUAAUUUUAUUACUGCACUGAUGACACUGAUGAUGUGUAUUAUGUAUUGUAUAUGCAAAGGUUUUGCAUAAUCACAAAUGUCUUUUUAUUAUUUAAAUAUUUUUCACACCUUAAAAGCUAAACUAGCAAAAGAUAUCCAGUUGAUCUUUCAGGUUUUGUUCUUUUUCCAUACACUGGUUGUAUUUAUUGUAAAUAUUAUUGUUUAAUUCUUUUAAAUAAUAAAUGUGAGACUGCCUCUU